AUGCAAAAGUUGGUAAACAUUCUUAAAUCGAACAGUCUUUUUGGAAGAAUUUUAGAAAAUUUCAAAGCAAAGAAAUUAACAAUCAAAACAAAAUUGAAAAAGUCCCUUACAUAUUUAGAAAUAAUGUCUGCUCUUAAAUUUAGUGAUACAAACCUUUACGAACUCCUUGGGAUUGAUCUUGAAGCUGAGCAAUCGGAUAUACGAAAAGCUUAUCGCAAAAAAGCACUUGAAUGCCAUCCUGACAAAAAUCCGGACAAUCCGAAGGCGGCAGAACUUUUCCAUGAAUUAUCGAAAGCCUUGGAAAUACUCACUGAUGCGUCAGCCCGCGCUGCUUAUGACAAAGUGCUAAAAGCUAAAAAAGCAGCAGAAUUACGGAAUAAGCAGUUGGAUAGUAAACGACAAAAACUGAAAGCUGAUUUGGAACAGCGCGAACGGGAUGCACUACACAAACUGCAGAGUACGCAACCGUAUGCCACGGUAUCCAAAAGUGAUGAAGAGGUGCUACAAGACCAAAUUGAGCGGCUGCGUCGUGAAGGUUCUAAGCUACUGCAAGAGGAACAACGUUUAAUGCGAGAACAAUUGCUGCGUACUAUAGCUGAAAACCAGCAGGCCCAGAUCGAAAAGUCGUUUGACUCAUCUGCGCAUAGAAUUAAAAUUAAAUGGAAAUCGGAUAAAAAAGAUGACGACAACGGUGGAUACACACCAGAAAUUUUACAAAAUUUUCUAAAGAAAUAUGGAGAAGUUGUCGCGCUGGUAAUGUCAAAGAAGAAGGGCAGUGCACUUGUAGAGUUUAAGACACUUGAAGCUGCCGAAUUAGCAUUGUCCUAUGAAAAGGGACGUCUAGCAAAUCCACUACAUCUUGAAUGGGUAAUACCACCUAUAACAAAAGCAGCUGAUAGGCAAAUGGGGUCUUCGCUUGAUUACGAAGAUUUGGUUAUGCGCAAACUUCGACAAGCUGAGGAACGGAAAAGGCUGAUAGCACAAAUGCAAGCUGAAGAUGAAGCAGAAGGAUAAUGAAUUAAUUUUAAUUAAAAAUUUAUAAGAAUAAUAAAGUAAAAUACUGAUUUGUUUUUGAAUAAAAAUACAUAAGAAUAUUUCCAAUUAGA